UUUGGUGCCAGGGCCCGUUCUGAUUGGUCCAUUGUCAGCGCCGGCUAUAAAAGAGGGCAAAAACGGCGCGCUCAAAGGAGAGGCUGUUGGUUCAAGCGUCUGUGCCUUGAAACACCGGCGGGAUUUGGGAAGAUGAACUGCUUGAUGAUGCCAGGGGUGCAGCCGGGGUCGCCUCGCAAGGCCCGGGGCCAGAUCCAGGUCAUCUUUGGACCCAUGUUCUCCGGGAAAAGUACCGAACUCAUGCGCCGAGUCCGACGUUUCCAGAUUGCGCAGUACAAGUGCCUGUUGAUCAAGUACGCGAAGGACACGCGCUACAGUGUCAAUGGAGUUUCCACGCAUGACAGGAACACCAUGGAAGCGGUAUCUGCUUGUUGCCUGAAAGAUGUGCAUCAAGAAGCUCUCAGCUCUGCUGUGAUUGGCAUUGAUGAAGGCCAGUUUUUUCCAGAUAUCAUUGAGUUCUGUGAGGCAAUGGCCAACGCAGGGAAGACUGUCAUUGUGGCAGCCCUUGAUGGGACCUUCCAGAGAAAGGCAUUUGGCAACAUUUUGCAACUAGUUCCCUUAGCAGAAAGUGUGGUGAAACUGAAUGCUGUCUGCAUGGAGUGUUUUCGUGAGGCAUCGUACACAAAGAGGCUAGGAGCAGAGAAGGAGGUGGAAGUAAUAGGAGGAGCAGACAAGUAUCAUUCUGUCUGCCGCGUCUGCUACUUCAAGAAACGGCCACAGCAGCCAGCUGAGAACAAAGAGAACCUACCAGUUGGUCAUAAGCACUUGGAUCUUCCUGCUUCCCGGAAAGUCCUGGGCGUUUGUCAGAACAUUCAAUGGAGCUCCCCAAAUUGAAUACAAGAACUAAGGGACUGUGAGGUGGGCUGGGACAGGAAAGCAAUUGUUCAAACUUCAUUUUGGCUCUGGGUUGCUUAAGCUGAGUUGUUGCAAAGGACCACGCUCAUCAAAGAAAAAUCUUCUGUGUAGGAAAAGCAAACUGGAGCCCAAUGUAACAGGCUUUGGGACUUGGCUGUUCUGUGCUGAAAACUGCUCUCUGCUAGUAAUGUCUAUCUUGCUUGGUCUUUAGAGGCAAGAUUUCUUAAUGUCAACAUGCUACAGAAUUGCUUUUUAUUUCCUCUUGCAAUAUUUACUUCUGAAUUUAACUGCCAUGUCUGUUUCGGAUAGACAGUACUUACUGGGGAAACGUAUUUCAUAUAAAGACCAGAACACUACGUUUCAAGCUCUAUUCUUGUUGAAUACUAUUUGAAGUCAACUUCUUCCCAGUCCUUGCCUAUGUGCUUUAUUUAACAGCUAGCUCACUUGACAAUAUCGCUUGGAUCUUAGAUCUAUGCGGCAGUUCUGUGAACUUUUGCUGACUUCCAGAAUGAGUACUUGGACCAGAAAAGCCUUUCCACAGCUGAAGUCUUUAACCUUGCAGUGUGUAGUUAGAAGCUGAACAAGAAAUACUUAAAAAGUUAGACUUUCCCAGUGUGCCUUCACUUUCUAAUUUAUUCAGAUUUGCAGGUAGCAUCAAUCAUGUCCAGUCUUUAUGCAACUGCUAUCUCUCUAAAUGUCUGCUUCUGACCGAUUAUUCUUACUAUUGUCGGCUUGGAGUGAUGAAUUAGUGACUGCGUUCCCUUCGACAACCAGCUUAUGCUACUGCACUUAAACGUAACCUAGGGCCACUCCAUUUCCCUUCAGGGCAGUAUGAAGAUGUGUUGUACUUGCCUGCAGGUUUCAUUUAAAAGAAAGGUUGUUUUUAAGUAAUGCUGUCUUAAUAAAAAUAUUAAUAUUCAA